UCCAUCCGUUGUAGUUCUUUGGUUCCUUCCCAUGGCAAGCUAAUGUCUUCGCUUCCCGUUCCUUGUCGUUCUUUGGUUCCUUCCCGGUCCCCAAGAAUGGUUCCCAAGAAAGGAUCUGAGUCAAGAAUGACUCCCACUCCGGCGCGAUCCGCCCACGUGGAAGAAUCUAAGGCGAGCUCGUCGGAUUCGGACCUCUUCGCCGCCUUCAUCGCUCGGAGGAAGUUCUUCAACCAUGAGCAGAACCGCCUCCAAGACCAGGUCGACACCCUCGGGCGCCGUUCCAAGUGGCUGAAGACUUGCAUGGACGAACAAAGCGAAGAUGGGUUGAGGAGUGCCAAGGCGCUGAAGACGUGCAUUGGUAAGACGAGCGAGCUGCAGCGUGCUUUGCACGAUCGACGGGAUAAACGUGAGACGCUUAAAGCUUUGAAUUCCGAAAUUGGAUUCUUAAGAAGCGAUGAGACGAUGGUGUGGAAUGAAUAUCAAAACACCGAACAUGAGCUCCAUGAAUGCAAACAAAGGAUGAAAAGUCUUCUGAGGCAGUUAAGCGAAGAAAGCAAAGCCAAAGGAUCAGCUAGUGAGCAGCAUAAGACUACUAGUAAAGUGAGGAACAACAUAAUUUCCUACAAUUUCUGUCAUUCUUGACAUUGUCUUCUUAGCAUACUUGAUUCUUGCUCUGUUAUUUUUCUUUUCCCUCUCUAAUUGUUUGAAGCUUGUAAUCUCGUGCACAGGGAAAGCAAAUUAUGUCAUAGUACAAUGUCACAGCAAUUUUCAACUCUGCUAUUGUGCA